AUGGUUACUAAACAUGACUUAAAGGAGCAGUACGAAUGGAAACUCCCUGUUAGUACCUCACAACUUGUAAAACGCUAUAAACCGCUGCUCAUUUGGUGUUUUCUCAGCGCGGUAUGUGUCUACACAUGGAUACAUCGCAUAAGUGAAUCUAACCAACUCCCGUCUAAUUCUGAUCUCUCUAUUCCACAUUUAUUUGCACGUUUCGAAAGUCCACAGAGUGAAGACAAUUUCACUUGCAGUGAUGUGGGUUCUAUUGAACCUCAAGUACAAUGUCAUUUUGCAAAACGAUAUUGUGGGGAUGAAUAUAGUGGCUAUGUAAAUUAUCCAGAACUAUAUUACUGUUCAUUUAGCGGGUUUCAUGGAGUCGGUUUGGCAAUCAUGCUAGCUUGGCUAGCAUUUUUGUUUACAAACAUUGGUGUUUCCGCUAGUGACUUUUUUACCACAAACCUCGUCACCAUUUCCUGGCUUCUACAGUUACCGGACGCCGUUGUUGGCGUUACCUUUUUAGCUCUUGGAAAUGGUUCGCCCGAUGUGCUAAGCACAUUCGCUGCCGUCCGCGUCCAAAGCGGCGGUCUCGCACUUGGCGAGCUUUUAGGUUCUGCUUUUUUCAUUGUUGCCAUUGUCGCUGGUAGUAUUUGUUUGAUUAGCCCUUUUCAGAUAUGUAAACACCAUUUCAUUAGAGAUGUUAGCUUCUUUACGGGCACUAUUAUUUUAUUGAUUUUCUUCUUGAUGCGUGAUGGUACCCUGAGCUUAUGGCAAAGCUUCGUCAUGAUAAGCUACUAUUUAUUUUAUGUGUUAUAUGUGUUCUAUUCUAGCAAUCCUUCAAGUCAGCAUUACACAGGUACAGACGCUCCUCAUUUGGCAUUACCUACCUAUUCCCCUGUUAUUAGUCGUUGCCCUACCUUUAAUUCGUUAAAUGAUGAUUUGCCUACUGUCGCUUCACAUUUGAAAACCCCUACUAAACAAACAUCACAUCCAAGCUUUAGUCCAUCCCCUUUUCUCGUAGACGAUACCAACUUCCGAAAGUCGUCAUUGUCGAGUGACGAUGAUGUUUCCUUUUUGUCAAAACCCACAGCUUCAAUGGAACUUGUAUGCCCUCCCACGCCUGGACCUACUAUUCGUCCAUCUUUUAUUGGUGCUCUGGAAUUGCGUUACGCAUUAGAGAAUCAUCCACCUACUCGAGCUAUGGAUGCAAAUGCCGUAGCUGAUGGCGAUUUAUCCUUGCAUCAUUUGCAUGCUCGUCAAGCCGUAAGUAGCUAUACUCCUUCUGGAAUGAAUACUCCUUUAAGUGGUACUGAGUGUAGACCGUAUCACGUUUGUAACAACAAUUUAAGUGUUCAGUCUUUUUUAUCGGAAAAUAGUCGUUUAUUAAACUACUUUGACGAGACAGAUAUACUAGAAUCUCGUCCAACCCUUCUUCAAUUGCUUUUUCCGACUUUGCGCAAUUUUUCAAAAAAGGCUUGGUACGAACAGGCAUUAGAUAUUGUGGUUGUCCCUUCAGUUUUGGCUUUCACGUUGACUUUACCCGUGUACCAGUGUUCUCGGCACCCAGUGGAUCCCCUAGGCCCAACGGAAGGAUAUACCCAAACAACGACAAGCUGGUGCAGACCUCUACGAGUUCUUCAGUGCAUCUUCGUUCCUCUAGCUUUUUCAAUUUUAACAUUCAACGGCAGGCAAUUUUAUUAUGCGUUGAUGUGUAGUGGUGUCGCAUCUUUUUUGGCCAUUGUGAUACUGUAUAAGUUCACUAAUCCAGAUAAGGCCCCUCAUUUUUUACCAUGGGUUAGCUUUUCCGGUUUUAUCCUAGGCAUUCUUUGGAUCUCAACAAUAGCCAAUGAAAUUGUGGGCAUCUUGAAGACACUGGGUAUUAUACUGGAUUUGAAUGAAUCUAUCCUAGGGUUGACCGUUUUUGCUGCCGGAAAUAGCCUUGGUGAUUUUAUUGCUGAUGUAAUGGUUUCUCGUUCCGGAUUUCCUGAAAUGGCCAUCGGCGGAGUUUUUGGGGGACCAACUUUGAAUAUCCUGAUAGGUCUUGGCUUUGCUUGUUUGUAUAACAGCAUCUCAAACCAUGGGGCGGUGAGCCGGAUUGAAAUUCCUCAUUCUCUAUCAAUAACAGCAUAUUUCUUGCUAGCUUGCCUGGUUUUACUCUUAUGUUAUGUUCCAAUAAACCAUUACAGAAUGGAUCGUCAGCUAGGAGCGAUGUUGUUUAUCUUAUAUUUCGCAGGUACCUCAAUUAGUGUGGUAAUGGAGCUGCUCCAGGAAAAGGAUGAGUAA